ACCCACAUGGAAACCGAUUUCCCUGUGUUUUGAGUUUCGGCGCCGAUUCUGGCGGUGAGAAGUAAUCUGAGGCACAGGAGGCAAUUUCUUUGCCUUAAACCCACUUUGUAGUUUUUACAUCACAUAUUUAUACACAACUAUGAAGAUCGAGGAGGUAAAAAGCACCACAAAAACUCAGCGGAUCGCCUCUCACAGUCAUGUCAAAGGACUCGGGCUCGACGAGGCCGGGAAUGCUAAACAGUCAGCAUGUGGUCUAGUCGGCCAGGAGGCUGCCAGAGAGGCUUGUGGCAUCAUUGUUGAGCUGAUCCGCUCAAAGAAGAUGUCAGGAAGGGCAGUUUUAUUGGCUGGGCCACCCGGUACAGGAAAGACCGCCCUUGCCUUGGCUGUAGCGCAGGAGUUGGGAAACAAGGUGCCUUUCUGCCCCAUGGUCGGCAGUGAGGUCUACUCAUCAGAGAUUAAAAAAACAGAAGUACUGAUGGAGAAUUUCAGGAGGGCCAUCGGAUUACGUAUCAAAGAAACAAAGGAGGUGUAUGAAGGGGAGGUGACAGAGCUGACCCCCUGUGAGACUGAGAAUCCCAUGGGUGGCUACGGAAAAACCAUCAGCCACGUCGUCAUCGGGUUGAAGACGGGCAAAGGCACAAAGCAGCUCAAGCUGGAUCCCAGCAUUUAUGAGAGUCUUCAGAAAGAGCGUGUGGAAGUGGGAGAUGUCAUCUACAUUGAAGCCAACAGUGGAGCUGUCAAGAGACAAGGUCGUUGUGACACUUUUGCAACAGAGUUUGACCUGGAGGCUGAGGAGUAUGUGCCGCUGCCCAAAGGUGACGUCCACAAAAAGAAGGAGAUAGUUCAGGAUGUUACACUGCACGACCUGGAUGUUGCAAAUGCCAGACCCCAGGGAGGCCAGGACAUUCUCUCCAUGAUGGGACAACUGAUGAAGCCCAAAAAGACAGAAAUCACAGAUAAGCUGCGUGCUGAGAUCAACAAGGUGGUGAACCGCUACAUCGACCAAGGUGUAGCUGAGCUAGUACCCGGCGUGCUGUUCGUGGACGAGGUGCACAUGCUGGACAUCGAGUGCUUCACCUACCUCCACCGAGCGCUGGAGAGCACCAUCGCCCCCAUCGUUGUGUUCGCUUCCAACAGGGGAAACUGUUUAAUCAGGGGAACGGAGGACAUCAGCUCACCACACGGGAUUCCACUGGACCUGCUGGACAGAGUUAUGAUCAUCCGCACUAUGCUGUACACACCACAGGAGAUGAAGCAGAUCAUCAAGAUCCGUUCUCAGACUGAGGGGAUCAAUAUCAGCGAGGAAGCACUUGCACAUCUGGCAGAGAUCGGCAACAAGACCACCCUCAGGUACGCUGUGCAGCUGCUGACACCGGCCAGUCUGCUAGGCCGCGUUCAGGGAAAAGAGACAGUGGAGAGGGAGCAGGUAGAGGAAAUCAACGAGUUGUUCUACGACGCAAAGUCCUCCGCCAAAAUCCUCCAAGAUCAACAUCACAAGUUUAUGAAAUAAAAACUGGAUCUCCACCUCUUUUCUUUUACAACUCUCAGGGUUGGUGUUACCAGCCAGUUGUUACAUGGUUCACUUUAUUUCUCCAUCUUUGUCCCAUGCUUUGUUUCUUUGCAUCUUUUAUCGCUCCACCAUGGCUCAUUGUAGUGUCCUUACUUACGGCUCAUUUACUGUAGUAGGUUUGUUCUAAUUGAUUUUUAUUCAUUCCGUUUGUUGAUGAAAAUAAUUUUUGAAUAAAAAUGGAAAACACAA